CGUUCGUUUUCAAAUUUCGAAUCCUCGCUCGACGGCAAUUCGAAUUUCCGUGCUUGCGCGCGCCAGGGAGGACCCGUUUCAAUCGAACGUCGCGCCCUAAGUGAUGCGCGCGCACUGGCCCAGCGGCGAGUGGCACAGCGCGUCCCGAUUGGCUGGGUGGUCGGCGGCGACGCGACGGAGCGACGAACGGCGAAUCGCGGGCGCGGUCUCGAUCGCUCGCUCGAACGUCGACUCAGGGGCACGGACCACACUGUGCCACUGUGCCGCCGUGCGAGUGCGCGCCACUGCGAGUUCCGUUAGCGCAGCGGAGAACGGGAGAGAAACAGUUCGGGGAUCGUCUCUCGGACGCCGGUAGCCACGCUCGGGCCUUCGCCACGCCCCUUGGUCGUCCUCGCCGUCCUCGCGGGACGAAGCGCCGGGAAAUCGGCCCGUCUGCCGGCGCGCCGGGAAACGCGAGACGCCGCCGCGAGAACGCGGCCGCGCGCAGCUGCGUGUGCGAGCGAGAGCACGCGCGCGUGCGCGCGUGCGUGCGCGCGUGUGUGUGUGCGUGCGAGCGAUCCGAGAGCAUCGGGCGCUCUCGCGUCUCCGUGUGUGCGAGAGCGCGACCGCGUGCGGGCGGUUCCCACACGACGUCGUCGUCCGUGCAACAAGUGUCAGGAGGCGACGGUGUUGGUAGCGGUCGUUGGAACAGUGUGCGGUGCGCUACGCGGAGUAACGUCGCGCGCAUGGUGCCGCUGGAUCGGCGCGGCUGACAGGAUUGCUCGAUCCGAAUCGGCGCUUUCUACGCGCGUUUCGUCUCGUCAACGUCGUCAUCGUCGCCGCCGCCGUCACGACGGCGUGCUGAGAGGAAGACCGUCACCGGCGAGGGCGCGGGGAUGGGCUGCGCCGUGAGCACCACCGGCGAGAAGGAGGCCGCGGAGCGGUCCAAGAAGAUCGACAAGGACCUCCGCGCUGAUGGCGAGCGCGCCGCCAGCGAGGUCAAGCUCCUGCUGCUCGGUGCUGGGGAGUCCGGAAAGUCUACAAUAGUGAAGCAAAUGAAAAUUAUUCACGAGACCGGCUACAGUAAAGAGGAGUGCGAGCAAUACACCCCAGUGGUGUACAGCAACACGAUACAAAGUCUAAUGACAAUAAUUAGGGCCAUGGGUGACCUUAGAAUCGACUUUGCCGAACCUAGUAAAGCGGAUAUGGCGCGACAAUUUUUCACCCUAGCAUCGGCGGCGGAGGAGGGCGAGCUGACCGGGGAACUAGUGCUAUUAAUGAAGCGAUUAUGGCAGGACCCGGGACUGCAGCUCUGUUUCUCGCGUAGUAGGGAAUACCAGCUCAACGACUCGGCAGCGUACUACCUUAACGCACUUGACCGUAUAACGCAGCACAAUUACAUCCCGACGCAGCAGGAUGUUCUGCGAACGCGCGUCAAAACCACCGGAAUCGUGGAGACGCAUUUUUCUUUCAAGGGUUUACACUUCAAAAUGUUUGAUGUUGGCGGCCAACGGUCCGAGAGAAAGAAGUGGAUACACUGUUUCGAGGGCGUCACCGCGAUCAUCUUCUGCGUCGCUCUGAGCGGUUAUGAUCUAGUGCUGGCGGAGGACGAGGAGAUGAAUCGAAUGAUAGAAUCGAUGAAACUGUUCGACUCGAUUUGCAAUAGCAAGUGGUUCGUCGAGACAUCGAUCAUACUGUUCUUGAAUAAGAAAGACCUGUUCGAGGAGAAGAUCACCAGGAGCCCGCUCACCAUCUGCUUCCCGGAAUACAAGGGCGCCAACACUUACGAGGAGUGCGCCUCUUACAUUCAGAUGAAGUUCGAGAACCUGAACAAGAGGAAGGAUCAGAAGCAGAUCUACACGCACUUCACGUGCGCCACAGAUACGUCCAAUAUACAGUUUGUGUUCGAUGCCGUGACCGACGUAAUAAUCAAAAACAACUUGAGUAAUUGCGGAUUACUGAGUUAAACAUUCCAAUACUCGAUCAGCAAACUAUCGAACAAGAAAGGAUGUAUUUUAACACAUUGACGACUCACGUUGAUCUUCGCGAAUGCAUGGGAGCAGAGACUGAUUGGAAGUUCUAAGAAAAACAUAUCCGUAGACACGAAUAUAUAUUAAUUAUGCGAGGAUUUUAUUCACACACGCGCGCACACACACACACAUACACACACCCACACACACAUACACACACAUUAGGCUCUUGGAUUAUUUUAUCGCGGUAUCAUGUAACUCUGCUCGAUCCUAUAGUCUUUAACGAAACGUCUGUUGUAAAAAAAAUUGUACGCAAAUUUACCUGGACUUUUAGUACGAGUGUGUUACUCCUUAACUUAUUGAUCUUACGUUCGGCGAUUAGACAACGAAGUGUUCUCCAAUUACGAACAAAGUAUUCAAAGUAUUCGGGAGUCGGAUAUCAAGCUACAGCAUUUUGCGUUGUCGUCAAGAAUGCUUUUUUUGCGCACUGUUUCUAAAUGUGCAGUAAUUAUUUUUGGAAAUUAAUUAACAUAAUACAUUGAUCUGAUUAAGUUUUUGAAACGAUUUCUAUUCCUCGUAAUUAUUAAUCUUUCUUUAGGUUAAUAAGUCUUUAUUAACUGUGUUUUAUUCUACGAGACGAAAGCAAUACUUUCGGACAGUGCGUAGAAGAAAAAAGGAAUUCGAGGCGAUAAUGUUAAAUAUAUGAAACAUAUUGUUCACUUACUCCCGAUUAAGGUCAGAAAUGUUGCUUUGUUUCUGCUAAAUGUAUUUAACUAUACUAACCAAGAACUAGAUAGCUAUUAAUUUAGUGAUAUUUCCUUGUAUAUAAUUUAUUACGCUAAAAGUGAUUACGUACUAAGUGAAAAAAAAUACGUCUCAUAUCUACUUUGCGUUUUAAUGACAAAUGGAAAUUCAACAUCUUGACGGACAUCGAACACAGCUCUCUGUGCUUCUUUUUGCUUCCUCAUGGAGGAAGCUUUGUUUUACAGCGUAUUUAUCAAUUUGAGAAAAAAAUUUUGUACAAGCUUCCCUUUGUUUUUAUAUAUACGUAUUAAUAAGUAACGAGACCGAAGGGCGCCGUUUUUACUCGAUUUGCCAAACAACGUAAUGACGUUAGCAUUAGUGCACAAGACAAGUCGAAAUCAAAUCUCUUUAUACAGUUUAGAUCAAUAAAUGAAAUCUCUUCUUUUUUUAA